AAAAAAAUCAUUUAUUAAAUUGAAGAAGGCUAUAACCACGAUCGGAUAUAUCAUCAGUAUCUUCCUAGCUCCUAUCACAUAAUGCACUACGUCUUUUCCAUAUUACCUAGACAUGCAUGGACACCAGGUGUCAUUUUAUCUCCACUUCAAUUUACAGAUGUUAAGGUAAGAAUAACACACGUACACGUCGUCAACCCCGCACUUCACUAAACACGCUAAUUUCUUUGAUUCUUAAUUGUUUCAAUAUGAUGCUUCAACCAAAUUAAACGCCUCAAAGUAUCAAUAAUCUCCAUACUUGAGAGUUCGAUCUGAAGCUGCAUGCCUAAGUAAGGAAACCAAAAAUGAAAGAAAUGAAGAAGUCAUCAACUAAUGCUACGAUCAAAGGCAGCUGUAGCAAAAACAAAAGAAGCAUAGCAGUAACCACUCGGUUUUCCCUUCGUGAAACACCCAAGAAACCCAGAACCACCCUUGUUUCAUCUAAAUCCCCUCCCCAACCUGCCCACGAUCAGGAUAUUGAAGCAGAAGACGAAGAAGAAGAAGAAGACGACGAUGACUUCGAGGCGGAUGAGGAGGAAGAAGAAGAAGAAGAAGAAGAAGAAGAAGAGGAGGAGGAGGAAGAAGAACCCGAAAACGAAGCUGUUACAGGGGAUGGGGUUUCAAAGGGUGUGAUGAGUGGGAAAGGGAAAGGAUCAAUUUCUGCGACUCUAACCGACCCGGAUGUCUUGGAUUGCCCUAUCUGCUUCUUGUCGCUUACCAUCCCCCUCUUUCAGUGUGAGAAUGGCCACAUUGCAUGUGCAUCUUGCUGCACUAAACUCAUCAACAAAUGCCCAUCUUGCUCUUCCCCAAUUGGAUUCAACCGCUGUCGAGCUCUUGAGCAGGUUGUGGAGGCAGUGAAAGUCCCAUGCCCAAAUAACACCUACGGCUGCAAGGACUCUAUCAUAUACAGCAAGCUUAGAGACCACGAGCCAACAUGCAUCCACACUCCUUGUUCAUGCCCAAAUCGAGCUUGUAAAUUUCUCGGGUUUUCCAAGGAAGUAUAUACCCACUUUACUGACAAACACGUUCAAGCGAAACGCAUUACUCUCAACUCUCCUAGACAGAUUUCUCUAAAGAAAAAGCAGAGGUUUAUAUAUCUUCAAGAGAAGAGUGGAGGGGUGAUCUUUGUGGUGAACCAUCAUAUACACAGUCUUGGCAGUGCUGUGAAUGUAAUAUGCAUUGCGCCCGGAUCCUCGAAGAGGAGAUUCCCUUACAAGCUUGUGGCAAAGGGCGAAGAGGAGACCUCUGUGAUGAAGGGUACCAGUGGGGAGACUACGGCUAUCAAACUCGAAGCCAUGGCGGAGAAUAUUCCAAGGUGGGAUCCAUUGACACCUUUGAAGAUAUUUCUGCUGGUUCCGGGUGAUGUUGUUAGUGAUUCAUGUGAUCAGCUCAAGUUGGAAGUUUGCAUUAAGGACUCAGUGGGGUUUUGGUUUGUAAAUGUAUUUGAACGGAUGUUGCAGUUUUGGUACUGCUCAAUGCCCCAAUCCUACCUUGUAAAUGGAUUCUGCUGGCCGUACAUAAUAUAUAACAAUGGAUAUACAAUGCUUGAUGAUGUGGAUCCCAAAAAUAUGAAGAACUCAACUGAUGCUACUACCAUCAAUGGCAGCAAAGCUAAUAGCGUAAACAAAAGAAGCGUACCAGUAACUGCUCAGCUUUCCGGUCAUGAAGCUCUACCUGGAGAAACCACAGCCAUGGACGAAAUGGCGCCGGUAAACGAAGACGUUACGGGGACGAAUGAUAGGGUUUCAGAGGGUAUGAGUGAGAAAAGAUCGAUUUCUGUGACUCUAACCGAUCCGGAUGUUUUGGAUUGCCCUAUCUGCUUCAUUUCGCUUACCAUUCCCGUGUUUCAGUGUGAGAAUGGGCACAUAGCAUGUGCAUCUUGCUCCACUAAGAUUUCCAGCUGUCCAUCUUGCUCUUGCCCAAUUGGAAACAACCGCUGUCGAGCUCUCGAGAAGGUUCUAGAAUCAGUGGAAGUUCCAUGCCCAAAUGCAAGGUACGGCUGCAAUGCUUCUCUCAGUUACAGCAACCUCAGAGAGCACGAGCCUCUUUGCAUCUAUACUCCUUGUUCAUGUCCUCUUCGAACUUGUCAUUUUCUUGGGUUUUCCAACGACCUAUAUGCCCACUUUAGCACCGCCCAUAAUUCAGCCAAAGCCAUUGAUUUAUAUUCCCCUAAAUCGAUCUCUCUCAAGAAAACCCAGAGGUUCCUAUACCUUCGGGAGAGGACUGAAGGGAUCAUCUUUGUGGUCAACCAUCAUGGGCGCAGUCUUGGCAGUGCUGUGAAUGUGAUUUGCAUUGCACCUAGAUCGUCAGCCAGAAGGUUCCAUUACGAACUUGUGGCAAUGGGUGGGGAGACCACUAUGAAAAUGGACUCGGUGGCUGAAAACAUCCCAAGCUGGAAUCAAUUUUCACCUUUGAGGAUGUUUCUUCUGAUUCCCAGAGAUAUUACUGGUUCUUGUGGUGAGCUCAGGUUGGAAGUUUGCAUUAAGGACCGGUAGAAACGCCAGUGUUUAAUUGCAAGUUUUAAGAAUGUAAGAAUUUAAUUGA